ACGGCCCUCUUCAACUUCCAAUCACUUCUUCUGGUGAUCCUCUUGAUCAUCUGCACGAGUACCUAUGCACACUCGAUCAUGCCCGGUAUCAUGGACCGGAAUCAGAAUGGGUAUGGCCCCUCAAUCGCGCCGGAGGAAGAUGAUGAAGAGUCCAGACUGACCAAGAUAGACUAUUCGGGAUAUUCUGGAAAUGUGCUCGUAGAUCGAAGAGCGAAGACCGGAGCAGCAGAGCGUGAGUCGAAUGUUGAUGCUAAUGACAAGUUUGUUGCAGUGCUCUAUCUUCUUUGGUGGCUAGAGGGAUACUUUAACGUCAAGGACGACGAGUCAUUACGAAACGAGGGAAAGAACGGUAUAUUGUUCAGAGGAGGAGGUCGCAGCCCUCAGGUGUUACGGAUCGGUUCACUUCAAAGCGAUGGCUAUUAA